AUGUCACCGGUACCAAACGUGACAAAUGAAACAAUGAUAUUGAGUGAAGCAUCAACAACAACUGUAUUCAAUGGUAUUUCGUCACUCGAUGAAUUCGAUUUAGGCGGAUUACCUAUGCAAGAAGUCGAUAUUGGAUCGUUAACCAUGGACGAUACUAACGCAUCUGAUAAUGAAGAACCUUCUUUGGUAGCUGAACAGUCCGUGCCUCCGCUUACACGUUCUUCAAUACCUGUGACCACAAGCGACGAUCGUCGAAUUCCACCGGCACAAGUUGAAGUUCGUUCUCCAGUUCCUCGAUCGACUGAUAAUUCACAUAGUGAUGAUAACAGCGGUUUAAUUCGCACAUUUUUCGGAUGUUUUAAACCGAUCUUUUAUGCAAUGAAUAAAUUCGGUGAGAAUAUCAAAUCGACCAAAGAUAUGACAAUCAAUUCGUUAGUCAAAACAUCAGAUGAUUGGGAAAUUCCCAUUGAUUCGAUUAUGAACGAUUUACACUUUAUUGGCACUGGAAUGGAAGGAUCGGUCUUCCAUGGCAAACUUAAUGGUCAAGACGUAGCAUGUAAACGAGUGAAAAGUAAAGAAGAAACGAAUAUCAAACAUUUGAAAAAACUCGAUCAUAACAAUGUGGUGAAAUUUCGAGGCAUUUCAAUUGCACCACCUCUAUUUUAUAUCGUGAUGGAAUAUUGUGCUUAUGGUUCAUUGUAUGAUGUAUUGAAACGCCGUCGCGACAUUCGAUCAUAUACAAAACCUACUCAAGUUCUCGAUUGGUCAAGACAAAUUUGUAAUGGUGUCGAUUAUUUACAUUCAAAUAAAAUAGUGCAUCGCGAUUUAAAAUCGCCGAACAUACUCUUCUCCGACCAACACACGUUGAAAAUAUCCGAUUUUGGUAUUAGCAAAGAAUUGGGCAAUCGUCGAAGUCAGAUCAUGUCAUUUAGUGGAACUAGCGCAUGGAUGGCGCCAGAAGUUAUCCGAAAGGAACUUUGUUCGGAAAAAAUCGAUGUUUGGUCUUUUGGCAUUGUUCUCUGGGAAAUUUUAACUUGUAAUGUACCAUAUGAUAAUAUCGAUCCAAGCGCAAUUGUAUGGGGUGUAGGUAAAGGUAGCUUGACACUACCCAUUCCCGCUUCUGUGCCCGAGGGCUUUAAAUUACUAAUGAACAUGUGCUGGGAUCAACAACCAUCGAGGCGUCCAUCAUUUCCUGAAAUCACCAAACACCUUGACGCGCGCAAACCUGAGAUAAUCCUGUUUGAACAGGAACAAGAGUACGCGGAAUUAACACGUGUAUGGUCAAUUGAAAUCAAUGAACAAUUAUCGAAAUUUCCUACCAUUGACAUAUCAUCUACACUUCGUAUGAAUCAUGAUGAAUUGUUGAAAAAACGUCAAGAAGAAUUACAACAUAUUGUUGACAUCCGUACGCAUUAUCAAAAACGUGUCGAACAAGUUGAUACAUUGUACCUCGAAUUAAAAUCGUUCAUGAUGCAAUUGGAACAACGUGAACGUGUAAUUAAAGAGAAAGAACAUCUUCUAAAAAUUAAUACCAAAAAACCAACAAUAAAUCCUAUAUCCGAAGCGAGAAAGAAAUCGUUAGAACUUAUUAAACUUGCUACGUCAAAUUUAAAUGAUCCGAUGCAUUUAUUACUACACAAAAAACGAAAUACGAAAAAAUUUACUUCUGACCUUUCCCAUAGUCAAUCAACUCCAAUGUCACGCCAACCGAGUUUAACAACAACGAAUCGAAAUUCUAGCCAUUCGAAAAGUCCUUCACGACGUCGAAAACUUUCCAACAGUCGUCGAACUAAUACGAAAAUUGAUAAUCCAGACCCGCGACGACCAUCCGUAACAAUCACCAAUGGUGCGAAUACAGUUGUAUAUAUUGCAGAUCAAACAACAGAAACAAUACCGGUGGCUACUUCUUUACCAACAAUAUCAGCCGAAAUCGAAUCGAAAUCAAAAGGGCAUACUCGCGAGUUAAAUCCGAGAAAUCUCAAACUUGAUUUACAGGAUUCGAAAACAGCAUCACUAUCUUCAUUAAAUCGUCAGCGAUAUAUGCCUGAUUUUUCCAUUCCGCCUCGAAAAUCAUCAAGCAGUGGCCCGGAAGAUUUCGAUGAAUAUCGUCAUCGGACAUUAUCUCGGCAACGUCCACGGCGUCGCAUGAAUUCGGCAAAUAAAACGCGUUCGUCUUCAGUUAAAUCGACUGAUCAUCUUCCAUCGGAAGCAAAUGAAACAUCACAGCCUAUUACACACGCCACAUUACAAUUAUCACCAACCACUCAACGUAAAUUAACAAAGCACCUUACGUAUACAUCUUCUGAAGAAGGCGAAGUCGAAGAAAUACACAGCGAUAAUUUUGUUCUCGAUGAUGAAAAACAUCGCGCUAAGCAUCAACAAACCAAUGGAAAUUUUUCGUCCGAAGGUGAAAAUUAUGGAGAUAAGUCAAAUGAAUCGUUUUCGAAAAAUGAGGGUAUGCUUUCAGAUGAAGGUGGCCAUGUUUCUGAUAAUCGUCCUGAAUCACGUGAAUCAAUGUUGAACGGUGAAUACGUAGAAGAAGAAUGA